GCCCCAGGCCGGCCGCCGGCCUUCCCAGCAUUCGCUUCUCUGCUCUACUUCCGGCGGGACGGAGUGUGGAGGUCGACAUUUUCCCCACCUUUCAUCGCUCCCAAAAUGCUGUCCGCACUCCAAAAAAUGGGAGCCUUCGCUCCGGCCUACGUGCAAUCACGCAACAUGGCCACGCUGAAAGACAUCCGUGUCCGCCUGAAGUCCGUCAAGAACAUCCAGAAGAUCACCCAGAGUAUGAAGAUGGUGUCGGCGGCCAAGUAUGCCCGUGCCGAGCGUGACCUCAAGCAGGCGCGACCUUACGGGGAAGGCACCCAAGCCUUCUACGAUGUCGCCGAAAUCAAGCCACCCGAGGGCAAGAACAAAACCCUCAUCAUCGCCAUCUCGUCGGACCGUGGCCUCUGCGGAGCCAUCCAUUCGAGCAUCGCCAAGCGCGUUCGUACCAUGAUGACCGACAACCCCGAGCUCCUCCAAGACUGCCGCAUCAUCUGCGUCGGCGACAAGGUACGCGGCAUCCUACAGCGACUGUACAGCGACAACAUCCUGAUCAGCUUUUCGGACUACGGCAAGAAGCCGCCCAUCUUCGACGACGCCGUCCAGGUAGCGAACGCCAUCCUGGCUAGCGACUACGAGUUCGACAAGGGCAUCCUACUCUACAACCGCUUCAAGUCGGUCGUGUCGUACGCCACGUCCGAGCAGCCCGUCUUCAGCCUGGAGACGGUGAGCGGGAGCGACAAGCUGACCGUGUAUGACAGCAUCGACGCCGACGUGCUCCGCAGCUACCAGGAGUACUCGCUGGCGAGCCUGAUCUACUACGCCAUGAAGGAGAACGCGUGCAGCGAGCAGAGCUCCCGCAUGACGGCCAUGGACAGCGCCACCAAGAACGCAGGGGAGAUGAUUGACAAGCUGACCCUGACCUUCAACAGGACCAGGCAGGCGGUCAUCACCAAGGAGCUGAUUGAGAUCAUCUCCGGUGCGGCCGCAUUGUAGGAGCAAAGCCAAGUCACUGCCAGCCUUUGGACGUCUUGGAACUCCCUCGACUACUGGAAAGAGUGGCACAGAUGCAGCGAAGAGUUUGGGACUGGGGAAAUUGGGAAACCGAAUAGAUUUUUUCGAGACCACGUCCACCUGCCAUUUUGUCUGUUUUCGUUUGCGAGGGCGUUCCUUCCUGUAUUUCGAGCGAUAGGCAAUACAAAAUGGAAAAGAA